AUGGCUGAAGAUCUUGACCUGUCCCUUGCUACCCGCCCAAGCGACUACACGGCUAAGAAGCUAGUCGAAGGAGAUGAGGAGACACGCCAUGAGUUGGUCAUCAAGACCCGCAGCCUUCUUAAGUCCCUCCAAACACCACGUGAGCAAAUGGUGCAGCACACGUGGGCGGACCCUGGACUGAAUGCAGCUUUGAUCACUGGAGUUGACACUGGGCUAUGGAAUCUCAUGGCCAAGAAUGGUGUGGCUCAACCCCAGAAAGUUGACAAUCUGGCCGAGACUCCCGGAAUCGAUCCUAUGCUUCUUGGACGUCUUUUGCGUCACGUCUGCGCAAUGGGUCAUCUGAAGGAGACGGCGCAGGACGAGUACUUACUAACCAACUUCACCAAGUCAUUGGCCCUGGAUGUCAUCGGCGAUGGCUACGUUGCCCUAAUUGGUGGCAUUGGUCGAAGCCCAAUCAAGUUCUCCAAGUUUCUCCGGGAGACCAACUGGCAGAACCCUACUGAUGCUGCGCGCACAGCUAUGCACGCGUCUUAUCAGACAGAUGCACCAAACUGCUUCGAGUACCUACGUUCCAUAGGACUGGGCCCUCACACGAAUCAUCACAUGGGUGGCUAUAGACAAGGACGAGUGCCCUGGAUGCAUCCUUCGUUGUAUCCUGUCGAGAAGACCCUAUUCCAAGAAGCGGAUAGCUCACCUGAUUCACCACUUCUGGUGGACGUGGCCGGUGGCCUUGGCCAUGACAUUGAUGAGUUCAAAAAGAUGUAUCCGACUCACCAGGCCAUCGAACUCAAGGGCCACGACUUUUUGACUGAGCAGCCAGUCAAGGGCGCAAAGGGCUACUUCAUGCACUCGAUCAUGCAUGACUGGCCAGAUGAUGUGUGCAAGGAGAUUCUGGCGCCCCUCGCAGAAGCAAUGAAGCCUGGAUACAGCAAGCUAUUGAUCUUUGAGGUGGUCAUUCCUCGUACGGGUGCUUACUGGGAGGCCACAGCCGGCGACAUCCUGAUGAUGACCCAGCUUUCGGCAUUAGAACGUACCGAAGACCGCUGGCACAAACUGAUUGAGAAGAGCGGGCUGAACUUGAGGAUCGUCGAGUUCUGGAAGUGCGGCCAGUCGGAUGUUGAGAAUCUCAUCGAGUGCGAGUUGGUAGUUUAGGAAAGGGACUUGAGACCAAGCGGGCGAUUGGCCCUUUUAUGAAAACAUCGAAUUUUAGCCAAAAUCGACACUGUGAAUUUUCUCUUACGGCCAUGAGAUCUUUCAUUGAUCUCAUCUUUGCCAUGAAAUAAACUCGUAGAAUCUACCAACAUCAUGUGUACAUUAUCACACAUUCAUAUCGUGUCAAGGGAUAUCAUUUUAGUCUUGGAAUGAAUUGUAAUUGAAAACGCCACACUGAAAAAUCAAAAGCUAUGAAUUAGGAUAAAGUUGAGAGCCA